UGUCGCGAGCCGUCGGUGACAUAAAGCGGGAGGGUAGGUCUCCCGGACACGGCUUCAUGGAAGGGACACAGGUGGCAGCGGGAUACCAGCUGCAGCAGUUUAGCUCAGCGCCCUCUUGGCCGCCGCGCCGAGAGAUGGCAAAUCCUGAGGUAGUUACAAGUAGCUGUAACUUUCACCAAGAGGAAAAUGGCCGCACGUUUAACCAGACUACAUCUCCCUCUGAGGAGCUUCUAUUAGAAGACCAGAUGCGGCGAAAACUCAAAUAUUUUUUCAUGAAUCCUUGUGAGAAGUUCUGGGCUCGAGGUAGAAAACCAUGGAAACUUGUUAUACAAAUUAUAAAACUUGCAAUGGUGACUAUCCAGCUGGUCUUUUUUGGACUAAGUAACCAGAUGGUGGUAGCUUUCAAGGAAGAUAACACGAUAGCAUUCAAACACCUCUUCCUAAAAGGAUAUGUGGACCAGACGGAUAACACUUUUGCAGUGUACACACAAAAUGAUGUAUACAAUCAGAUCAUCUUUGCUGUGAACCAGUACUUGCAGUUACGCAACAUCUCAAUUGGGAAUCAUGCUUAUGAGAGUAAGGGUACGGAGCAGUCUGGUAUGGCGAUCUGUCAGCAUUUCUACAAGCAAGGAAACAUCUGUCCUGGAAACGACACCUUUGACAUUGAUCCAAAAAUUGAAACUGAAUGUUUCUCUGUAGAGCCAGAUGAAUCUUUUUACAUUGGAACACUAGAAGAAAAUAAACUCAACUUAACCCUGGACUUUCACAGACUUCUAACAGUGGAGCUGAAGUUCAAACUGAAGGCCAUUAAUCUGCAGACUAUUCGUCAUCACGAGCUCCCUGACUGUUAUGACUUUACUCUGACUAUAACAUUUGACAACAAAGCCCAUAGUGGAAGAAUUAAGAUAAGUUUUGAUAAUGAUAUUUCCAUCAAAGAAUGUAAAGACUGGCAUGUGUCUGGAUCAGUUCAGAGGAACACGCAUUACAUGAUGAUCUUCGAUGGUUUUGUUAUUCUAAUAUGCUCGGCUUCGUUAAUCCUGUGCUUUCGAUCUGUGAUCAGAGGACUUCAGCUUCAACAGGAAUUUGUCAAUUUUUUCCUUCUUCAUUAUAAGAAGGAGAUUUCUGUUUCUGAUCGAAUGGAAUUUGUCAAUGGAUGGUACAUUAUGCUUAUUAUUAGUGACUUAUUGACAAUCACUGGAUCAAUUCUGAAAAUGGAAAUCCAAGCCAAGAGUCUGACAAGUUAUGAUGUCUGUAGCAUACUUCUUGGGACCUCUACCUUGCUUGUGUGGAUUGGAGUCAUCCGCUACCUCAGUUUCUUUCAGAAGUACAAUCUCCUUAUUCUGACCCUUCAGGCAGCAUUGCCCAGUGUCAUGAGGUUCUGUUGCUGUGCAGCUAUGAUUUAUCUUGGCUAUUGCUUCUGUGGAUGGAUUGUGCUGGGGCCUUACCAUGCAAAGUUCCGUUCUCUGAAUGUCGUCUCUGAGUGCCUUUUUUCCCUGAUAAAUGGAGAUGAUAUGUUUGCCACAUUUGCAGACAUGCAGCGAAAAAGUUACUUGGUCUGGCUAUUUAGCAGAAUUUACCUCUACACAUUCAUAAGCCUCUUUAUAUAUAUGAUUUUAAGUCUUUUUAUUGCACUGAUCACUGAUACAUAUGAAACAAUUAAGCAUUACCAGCAAGAUGGAUUCCCAGAGACUGAACUUCGCACAUUUAUAUCAGAGUGCAAAGAUCUACCCAAUUCUGGAAAAUACAGAUUAGAAGAUGACCCUCCAGUAUCUAUCUUCUGCUGUUGUAAAAAGUAGCUAUCGGGGUUAUUUGUGCUUUAGAGGAAAAUAUAAUGUGUAGCUGAGUUCGGAGACUGUAUGGAUAUUUUAAUAUCAGGUAUAGUAUGUUUAAAGACUUAUUUUGGGCAAGUUGAUAGCUAUAAUUAAUCAAGAGCUAGGAUUAUAUUUUUAAAAGCAAUAGUUAAUGUCUUUUCAGCUUUAUGCUGGGUUUAUUUAAAAAAAAAAAGCCUAACUUUGAUUAGGGAAGCUAUUGGAUUCUUGUUCUUUCUUUACUUUGCCAUAGUUUUAGAAUGUGUUCUCUAUGCCCUUCUUUACUCUAUCUCUUAAUCUCUUGCUUCCAACUAUUUUGACUGUGUUGAUUAUGACAUCUGUAGAAAACAAUGCCUGUUCUGAAAGUGACUUCAGACAACUCACUAACCCUGGCCUGGGCCACUCUGAAGGUCCCUCCCUGAGAGAGAAGCGAUGGUUGCUGUAUGUCCAGUAAUCAUUGCAUUUUAAAACCAGAGCAGAAUAAGAAAGAAACAACCAUCACCAGCGAACAGUCCAAUAUUUGGUUCUGAAGGGCACCUGUUACGUGAUGCUUCUUUUAGUUCUGGAGUGGAUCAGGAUUUUUGUAUUCAUGCAUAAGUUUUUUCUUCUCCUUCAGUAUUAAAGUACAAAGUUGAAAGAGUACCCUAUACAUAUAUGACAAUUAAAGCACAUAGCAAAUGCAUAUUCGAUCCCACAAGGACGAUUUUAUUAGUACUUGCACGGCCCUGUGAAGUCUGUGUGAUAUACUGGGCCCUUCAUAGGCACAUUCAGUCUCACAGAAAAGAGUAGAAUUUGAGGGUCAGAAACUGUGGUCUCAUGGGGAGAGGUUCUGUAAUGCACAUUAAAAAUAUUUUAUAAAACAAUUAUCCUCAAAAGUUAAAAACAAAUGGGAAAUGUAUGCCUUAAAAGACACAAAAACCAAGUCUAUAGUCCUUGCAGACUGCUGAUUAGAAGUUUCAGGGGUUUU